UUCUGUGUCUCUCUCACUCUCUCAGUCACUUUAUGUCUACCUCUCGGAAGACAUACAUUCGGCAAACUGGAGCAGUUAACGCCUAAAAGGUCGUAGGACGGAUUUCUUGGAUAUCAGUACAUGGUACUGUAGACUCGGCGCGAAUCAGGACUUCCAAUCACAAUGCAGCAAGUAGUAGAAGAGGGAGAGGGUUACGGAGGAGAGGGAUCCAGCUAUGUGUACGACGACAUGUUCCCGGCACUGCCAGAGUCAGCAGCGCCAGCCGCACCGGCCACUCAGAGCGCCUGGGGCCAGAGUAACAGCAGGAUGAGAGUGGGCACUUCGGACAUUACUCAGGUGUUCCACGUCCCCGCAGAAGAGCGCAGAGGUGAUCAGAACAACAGCUUUGGAGACAAGGAGUCAGUGAGGACAUGUCAGAGCAUCAUGAAAGAGACGGGUGCUUGUAUAGAGAUGUCUACCAGCAAGGACCAGAGCCUCACGUUCUUAGUCAGUGGCAAACAGGACGCGGUGUUGGAUGCUCGCAGACGCAUCCUCAACAGCUUCCAGACUCAGGCUAGUAUGACAAUAACCGUGCCAAAGGAACACCACAGGUGGAUCCUAGGCAAGGCCGGCACCCGACUGAAGGACCUAGAGAAGGAGACGGCCACCAAGAUAAACGUGCCUAGCAUCGGUGACAGCUCUGACAAGAUCACCAUACACGGCACCAAGGACAGCAUCGACAAGGCGGUGCACGAGAUAAGACUUAUAUCUGACGAACAGUCUAAGAAGGCUCUGGAGAGGUUUGACGUGCCCAAGUGCUAUCAUCCGUUCCUGUUUGGGCCGUUCCAAGAGACGCUGAACCAGAUGAGGGCGGAGACAGGGGCCAGCAUCAACAUCCCCCCACCUUCCGUGGACAAGACAGAGCUGAGUAUCUCAGGGGAGAAGGAUGGGGUGGCAGCCGCCAAGGAUAAGAUCAUGAAAAUAUAUAAGGAUAUGGAGGCAAGGUGUGCCACAGUGUCGGUGGAGGUGGCCAAGCCACAGCAUCGCUUUGUCGUGGGACCUCGUGGCUCCGGUAUACAGGAGAUCCUGCAGAAAACUGGAGUCAGUGUGGAGAUGCCUCCCUCAGACUCAGGACCUGGCCAGGGAACAAUCACCCUGCGUGGACCUCAGGAGAAGCUGGGACAGGCUCUCAACAUGGUUUACGAGAAGGCCAGCAGUGUUCAGAUUGAGACAAUAGACGCUCCUGAAUGGCUCCACAAGCAUAUCAUCGGGCGCAAGGGAGAGAAUAUCAGAAAAAUAACUGGUGAAAACCCUAAGGCCCAUGUAGAGCUGGCUGAUAACAAGAUCAAGGUGGAGGGACCACCAGAAGAAGUGAAGCAGGUGAAGGACCAGUUAGAGGCUGUAGUGAAAGACUUGGUGGCCAACAUGACAUACGCAUUGCUGACUGUAGACUCAAAGCACUCCAAGCACAUCAUCGGCAAGGCAGGGGCCAACAUAAACAGAAUCAAAGAACAGACGGAUGCCCAAAUCUACAUAAGUGAAUCUGAUGGACACAGUAACAUUCGGAUAGAAGGAAACAAACAAGGAGUGGACCAAGCAAAACAGGAAUUGGAAGACCUAAUCAACAAACUAGAAAAUGAAAAAGAAAAGGAUGUAAUAAUUGAGCAAAGGCUUUACCGAAAAAUUAUUGGCCAGAAAGGGGAAAAGAUUAAAGAAAUCAGAGAAAAAUUCAAUCAAGUUCUUAUCACCUUCCCAAACCAAAAUGAGAAGAGGGACGUUGUAAAAGUACGAGGUCCCAAGGAAGAUGUGGACAAGUGUCACAAGUAUUUGUUAAAACUCGUCAAAGAAAUCAACGAGAGCAGUCACACUGUUGAAGUACCGAUAUUCAAACAGUACCACAAGCUGGUCAUCGGCAAAGGAGGCGCUAACAUUCGCAAGAUUCGAGAAGAAACCCACACUCAGAUUGAUCUGCCAGCUGAAGGGGACAAAAGUGACAAUAUCAUCAUCACAGGCAAGAAAGAAAAUGUGGAAGAAGCUAGAGAGAGAAUUCUCAAAAUUCAAAAUGAACAGGCUAACAUAGUGACAGAGGAAGUGUCCAUCCCUCCCAAGUAUUACAACUCCAUCAUCGGUGCAGGAGGCAAGCUGGUCAAACAUAUAAUGGACGAGUGUGGAGGCGUACAAAUCAAGUUCCCAAACACUGACAGUAAAAGUGAUAAGGUGAUCGUGAGAGGUCCCCAGGAUGAUGUGGACAGAGCCAAGCAACAGCUGCUGGAACUGGCUUCCGAGAGGGAGCAGAGUAGUUUCACAGCAGAGGUCCGCGCCAAGCCUCAGCACCACAAGUACCUCAUUGGCAAGAGUGGCGCCACCAUCAGAAAGCUAAGAGAAACAACUGGCUGCAGGAUCAUCUUUCCCUCAGCAGAUGAUGAAGACCAAGAACUCAUCACCAUUGUUGGCAAAAAGGAAGGUGUCCAGAAGGCUAAGGAAGAAUUGGAAGCGACAAUUAAAGAUAUUGACAAUGUAGUGGAAGACGAGAUGCAGGUAGACCCGAAGUACCACCGUCACUUUGUCUCCCGUCGUGGUGAGAUUCUCCAUCGGAUAUCCGAGGACUGCGGCGGGGUCACCAUCUCCUUCCCUCGUCCUGGAGUACAGAGCGACCGAGUUGUACUGAAGGGAGCCCAAGAGUGCAUACAAGCAGCCAAGCUUAAGAUACAGGAGAUCGUCACUGACUUGGAGUCCAUGGUGACAAUAGACUGUGUGAUCCCUCAGAAGUACCACCGCUCAGUGAUGGGUCAGCGUGGAGUUAAAGUCCAAGACAUAACCUACAAGUAUGACGUCCAAAUCAAGUUCCCCGAGAGAAGUAAUUAUCAAGAUGAAGAAGAGGGAGACCAUCCAGCAGAGAAUGGAGACCUAGUGAACGGAGAUGUUGCCCCCAAGCUGUGUGACACCAUCAAGAUCACCGGGAAGCCAGAAAAUUGUGAAGCUGCCAAGCAAGCUCUAUUAGACAACGUGCCUAUCACCGUUCAGAUGGAUGUCCCGUAUGACUAUCACCGAUCCAUCAUUGGCCAGAAGGGCCAGUCCAUCAGAGACCUCAGCGACAGAUACGAUGUGCACAUUGAGGUUCCCAACAGCGACGAUCACCUAGACUACAUCAAGAUCACCGGCACCAAUGAAGCUGUAGAAAAUGCCAGAGCAGCGGUGGAAGAUAGGAUUAAAGAAAUCGAUGCUGACAAAGAAGAUAGACAACUCAGAUCAUUUGAGCUCGAGUUUGAAGUGGAUCCGGAAUUCCAUCCUAAGAUCAUUGGAAAGCGAGGCUUGGUGAUCAACAAGAUCAGACAAGACCACAACGUGCAGAUUGCUUUCCCUCGCCGCGGAGACGAGAACGAGAAAAUUAUCAAGAUCAUCGGCUACGAAGACAAAGCUAUAGCUGCCAGAGAUGACAUUCUCAAGAUUGUCAAUGACCUGAACGCGCUGGCCCGUGUGGAAGUGUACCUGGACGCCAGAGUACACUCCAGACUGAUAGGCACGCGGGGGCGCAGCAUCCGCAAGAUCAUGGAUGAGUUCAACGUAGAGAUCAAGUUCCCUCGGUCGUCUGACCCGGAGCCUGACCUGGUGGUCAUAUCUGGAGCUGAGGCCGACUGUGAGGAGGCCAAGGACCAUCUGCUCAACCUGGAGGAGGAAUAUUUGCAAGAUGUGACAGAGACCAGCUAUGGCAGACCAGAGGAGACCAAUAACUUCUUUGGCAACAACAACUCCAAGGCUGGUGGUGCCAAGGAAGGGUUUGUGGUGAAGGGUGGUCCGUGGGAGCAACAAGCUCCUGACACCACCAGCACCGAGGACUUCCCGUCCUUCGGUGGAGGCACUACACACGCGCCAGCCUCCGCCUCCUCCUGGGGCCCGCGCCGCUAACUGACUACACUCGCCACUCACGACACAUCCACGCCUCAUCAGAGCCUCAUAGGUUCAGGAAUGUUUUAUUGUUUUGCCACCUUCAAAUUCAUUUUUGCUCGAUUUAUAUCAAGUAUUGGCCUAACUGUAUCGACAUAGUGCAAUCAUUCAAACCGUCACGUGGAAUCGUCAACCGAGACUAGACUGACGGCUGCGGCCGUCUCUCCCUCUUGUAUCCUGCUUGCUGCAUUGGUAAGACCCGGCUCGUUUAUGGAUUUAUGAAUUCGGUCGUCAAAAAGUACUUUCUGACUUGGAAUAAUUUCACUUAAACUCUUUUCUUAAAUAUAGAUUAUUUAUUUACUGUUAGUUACGGUUUAUUUUAUUGUUUUUCCUCUUUUCGAGAGGUAAAUGGCUACCUUUCUGUACCUCCAAUCUUCGAGUUUCUAUCGAUGUUAAUUUAUUGAUGUCUUCUCUCUUUGCGGUAAAGACAGCAACAAAUGUCUUCCUAGACCGACUCAAAGUCAGUUUCCUUAGAUAGUUCCUUUUUCUUUCUUUUGUCUGUGCAAUUUACAAUUUUAUAUCCGCGUUGUAUGACUAUAUUUUUUUAUACUGUUUUGAAAUCUGGUGCCUUUUAUUUAACUGAUAUUGGUUUGUCGAGAUUGUUGUUUGAUAUGUUUUUGUACCUUUUACACACAGGCAAUCACUAAUUAAGUUGAUUGAAGCAAUAUUCUGAUCUGUUUAAAAGUAUUUUAACGACAAUACCAUCUCAAGUGGAGUUUGAGAUUAUCUUGGCCUCAUGUGAACAUGUUCUUUUACUCGAUUAAGUGAAUAAUCAUAUUAAGUAAAUUUAAAAUCAAAUUUUCUAUAUUUUUAUUUAAAUUAUGUUAUAGAUUAUUGUUAUUAUUUUCUGUUAGCGAUUAAUUAUUUAUCUCUAUAUUUUCAAGUGGUUUUGUAGAUUUAAAAAGUAUGAUUUUGUUGUGUUUUGAGUCUAUGUAUAAAGAAGAUUUCUUUACAGGUUUUUUAUGUUGUUAUUGUUAAAAUGUUAAAAAUUAUAAAAAUUGUAAAAUAAAUAAUAGACUGAAAAAAACUAAAACUAUAUAUAUUUAUAAGUAAAUAACAGAUAAUGUAUCUGAGCUAUAUCCCAGAUCCUACUGGAUUUGUCAUCUCCGGAAAGUUAUUGUGUGAUCAUAUUUUAUAUUACAAGAUGUACAUACGUAGGCUCUCAUUGUCGUUGGGUGGAUAAUAUUCUUACGAAUAAAGAUAAUAAUACCCAA